UACGUAAAAACAAACGCAUGUAUAUUAAAACAAAACAGCAAAACUAACUGAAAAUUUGACUUUAUUUUUUGAAAAUUACUUCACCAAUGAACUUACUAGAUCUAUCGAAGCAAUUUAAAGCAUGAGCAGCAAUGUUUUAUCAGACCCAUAGCUACACGGUUUCGCCUUGUACAUGUGAUAAAACACUGCUGCUCAUGUUUAAAUAGUAUUACUCUUUUCAGCGAUUUCAAGUCAAGGAUGUCCAAAAGGCUGGAAGGAAUAUGGCAUUUCAUGCUAUUCCAUACCAUAUAUAGAAACGCGGGAAAUGAGCUGGGAAGACUCUAGAACUAACUGCUUAAGAUAUGGAGCUGACCUUGUUUCUAUCCUUGAUUCCUCAGAAGUUGGUUUUAUUCAAAGACAAACAAGUGCCAUAGGAUCCUUUAAAUUCUGGAUUGGAUUAAUCCGUCAGAAAACGACCAAUGAUCCAAAGGAGGGCUGGGUCUGGAGUGAUGGCAGUAAUGUUACAAAUCUUUUGCAGUGGGUUGCGGGUGAACCAAAUAAUUUUCAGAACAUUGAAAAUUGUGCCGAAAUUUCCGCAUACGGCAAGUGGAAAAAGUGGAAUGAUGAUAAUUGUUCAAAAUUGUAUUCUUCCAUUUGUAAAAGGAGGAAAGGUAAUUUUUGCAAGCUCUUUUUACAUCACACCGAAUUAAAAAAAAAUACGGAAAAUUUUUUAUAACAAACAAUUUAAGCAGUUUUAUAACAAACGUUUUUCGCACAGAGAAGUUUAAUUUAAAUUCUCUGUCAUGCAUUUUUCUUAUUACUUGCGAAUGGAAACAUUAACGAGGUGUUAAUGAGUUAACUAGUAUCUGUUAUAAGGACCAGUUGUACGAAAGCCGUUUGAUUAUACUGGCUUUUUCUCCUUUUCUGUCCAUUGUAUAGCUCGACGACACGCAGUAAGGCCAUUAUUUUCAGGUUUAAAAGAAACACUGUCUUUGGAAAACCGAAAGAAUACGCAAAUAAAUACAGUAGACAACACUACGCCGAGCGUUAAAAAAUAUUCGAACGCUUAUAGUCGUUUGAAUUAUUCGUUAUUUACUUGGGUCGGCAAUUAAAUGUGAAUGCUCCAGGCAUCAGCUUUUCGGUUGCCAAAUUGCCAUAACCAGUCUUACCCUGUAUUCGUACUACCACCCAUACUAAUAUCUUUUCCAUGAAUCCACAUCUUCUAUAGUUCAGCGUAUAUGCAUAUACGCAAUAAUUCAUACUUGAGCAAUAUUUGAGCAAUGAAGUCUUACAUAAACGCUAGACAGUAUUUCUGAAGAACAGACAAUGUUGUUACUCUUUUAGCAAUUGGAACUCAGCCAUGCCCAAAAGGCUGGAAGCGUUACAACAUUUCGUGCUAUCUUUUCGUCACACCGAAGAAACAAAUCCAACGAAUGACAUGGCAAGACUCCAGAGCUGUUUGCCUAGGAUAUGGAGCAGACAUGGUCUCAAUACUUGAUUCAUCGGAGGUUAAAUUUAUUCACCAACAAACAAAUGCAGAUACCCUGCGAAAUCAUAACUUUUGGAUUGGAUUAAUUCGCAAUAAAACGACAAGUGAUCCGAAGCGCGGCUGGAUCUGGAGUGAUGGCAAUAAUUUUACAAAUCCUUGGCUGUGGAAACGGAACGAACCAAAUAAUUACCAAAAUAAUGAAAAUUGUGCCCAACUUUAUGCACCAAGCAGAAUGUGGAUUGAUAAUGAUUGCGCAAAAUUGUUUCCUACAAUUUGCAAAAAGAUAAAAGGUAACUUAAUUAAGUUCAGAACUAACAGGGUGUUAAUUAAAUAAUAUUACAGUCUUUAUAAAAAAAGGUCAUCCAAAUCGGGUGUAUUGGCCUAAAGAAUAUUUGACGAAUUGGUUUUUGCACAGUUAUAAAGUUCAGUCAUUUAGCUUUUUAAUGACAUGGUUUAUGCGUCAUUAUUUAAGUAUUGGACGAUUAUUGCUUGGGCGAAAAGUCCCCAAGAAUCGCAUAUUUCUACUGAAAGGAAUUGCAUUGUUUCCUUUGUUAUUUAUUGCUUUGGCAAAACUGUCACCCAUAAUCGCAUAUUUCCACCGAUGGGAAUUAUUAAUGUUAGAUUUGACGACAAAAGAUAUAGUCCAUAUUUGUUUAAUCAUUGAACUGUAGUAUCCUUCACAAAAAUGUACUUAUUUACGUACACGUAUUUCAUUUUAAUUUGAAAAGAUUUACGGCCUUAUGAAUGCCUCGUGGGGCAUAUCCUUUACUUUUUAACCACAUGACACAUAAAACAUAUUACUUGAAAAGUAAAUUAAUUUAAAGAUAAAUAGCUGAGCCCAGGGUAUGGUUUAUAUAUUUAGAAAAUAAUGGUCUUAUAUUACAAAAACGGUUAUUUAGUUUAAAAGAACAAAUGAAUAGGAAAAAAGGAAACCAAUUUAUCAGUUACUGAGAAUCUCGACGCAUAAAACUCAGGGGGCGGUUGUACGAAAGCUGGAUGAAUUUCUGUCCGGCGGAAAAGCGCUAUGCAGCGGAUGCAUUUUAAGUUCAAUAUCCGGUCAAUAAAGUCGCAGUUUGAAUGAGUGUUUCUGAUGAAGGAGAUUACGAUUUCUAUCGAGAAAUGGACGUAUUCCCCUGGACAUGCAGUUCCACUUUUUGAGCAUUCUGAAUGCCUCCUCCUGCCGUAACUCUGAGGCAUUAGUUACUGCUCAGACUGCUCUGAGCAGUAACUACUGCCUUUCCACCCCAAAUGGCUGAAAAUUAUGCAAAUUAUAUUUCAUAAAAUAAACACGAAUUUUAAUUGUAUUUAUAAAUAAAACUUUUUCAAUACUGAAAUUAUACUAAAACAGCUAGUCGCCCCAAGCUCGGUGAUUACAAGCCUUUAAUCGCCUUCGAAUCAGUGAAUAUAGUCUUGUAGUCACCUCGCCUUCGGCGACUAAUUGUUAAAUAGUACGGUUUCUCGUGGAAGUCGGAAAAACAUGCAUACACUGGUGAGUAUAGACAAUUAAGGUAUUAGUUAAUUUAAAUCACCCCAUUUGGCAACUAUUCUUCGUUUCAUUCUGUACUAAAUAUUCACAGAUAUGUCCCUCAGGUUGCAAGGACCAUUAAGUGAAAAUGGCACAGGUCGUUUGGAGGUAUUCUACAACGGACAAUGGGGAACAAUUUGUGAUGAUAAAUGGGAUAUAGACAAUGCUAAGGUUGUAUGUCGUCAACUUGGAUACAAAUACGCGUUCAGAGAACUUCGUGGAAUUGAUGUCCCUGAUGGUACUGGGCAGAUAUGGUUAGAUGAUGUCAAUUGUAUCGGAAAUGAACGAAGAUUAGCAAGUUGUUCUCAUACAGGGUGGGGGAAUAAUGAUUGUAAGCAUAAAGAAGACGCUGGAGUUGAAUGUUUGUCACAAGGUAAUUUUAGUUCAUUCACUGCAAAUAAAUAGUUUGAAAACUGGGUGAGGUUUUCUGGAGCUAUUAACUAUAUGUUUGAUAGGGCGCUUGUCAUAUGAGAUUGGAGCUUUUGUAGUUACAUUAUUGUUUUGUGAGUUAAUAUCAAUAUCCAAUAUCAUUAUCAAUUUCGAUACCACCAUGGUAAUCAUCAUGAAUGUCAUUCUGUUUACAAUUUCCGUAUAUUCUCAAUCCCUGCAACAUUUUUAUAAGCUCACCUUCUUAAAAUGCAAGUUCUAUCAUCGAUAUGUGACAAUAUAUCAUUCCAGAUAAAUAUUAAAUCUAGUACGUAGCACCGAUGAAAGGAAAGUAUUUAUACAUUAGAGUGACCGAUUGGCACUAUGGUGGCAUAAUAAACCACAUGUCACCCUUUUCUUGCGUUUAUGAAAUAAAUAACGAAAACGCUUAAAAAACAACAAUAACUUUCAUGAUUUGAAUAGUUUGAAAAUGUAUUUGGAAUAGGUUUAACUUGAUUUUUUUUGUAAUUUUGGUGUAAUGUACUCAGGUGAAUAUGAUGCUUGUGAUGUUACUCUGAGUGUAUAUCCACACCGGCAAGCUUGAAAAAUAUGCCUGACCACGAAAUAGAAAACAUACGAGUCCUCUCAUUUCAUGGGAAUAUCCUGCCUCUGCAAUCACGGCUUCAAUUUUUAAUUGCAGAAAAAUUCGAUACACUAUCUAGUGUAUAUAAGAUAUCUAUGCUCUAGGCACUACCUACAUUAGUACUUUGAGGUAACUUCAUAUUCUGGCUCUCCCUCAGGUAAUCUAUUAAAGGUAUGCAAAUUACCACAACAAAUUAUCAUAACGGUUACCAAAGCUACUCAUACCCAUACCCAUACCCAUACCCCAGGAAGGCUAAUAUGCUAUUGUACAAUUUAAAUGACACAUUCAUGGCGUUCUAACAGUAAUACCAUGAAUUUGGUAUUAAUGUUUUUACAAAUUUAAUUGUUUCGGGCUUACUAUAGCUGUCGGUUAGAUUUCCUAUAGUUUUAGAUAAACGAUAAAAAAAUGAUAGGAAAAAUCAACGUAUUAAGAUGUGUUGGCAAAAAGAUGUGUUGGCCUGUAUCUCUACGAUAUUUUGUUAAAUCGAUAAUCUGCUGGUCAUGUAUUAAUGCCUUGUAUUGGUGCAUGGAAUGCAAGUUCGUUUGUUCACUUCUUAUGACAGAUUAAAUGACAUUGAACGUAAUGUAUAACAGUUACCAAGGAACAUAAGGAGAAAAAUAUCCUUGAUCGACAUACAUCUAUCCCGACAAAAAGGGAUACUUAACGUCGAUGUUCACAUAAAAUCUUAGCAAACGGACACCUAGGUCUUAGUUCCCAUCAGAAUGACAAACUAAAAUUUACUGGUUUAGGACGCUAAGAUAUACACAAAGCAAUAUCAUUACCAAAUAGGGGUAAGAGAAAACAAAGAAAAACUAGAGAUCGACAUGCAAGAACAUAAGUAAUACCUUAUAGCGGCCAAUGAAUUUCCAAAAUAUUUUAGUAAACCAAAGCGCCAGCAAAUAUGUUACUUCUUCUCCGAUUAUAUCCUUUCAUCGAAGUAACUUUUUGGGUUAUGUUUCAAACAAUUUUCUGAUGACGAAUUUACAAUUAGUUAUGAAACCCUACCUCACAUCAGUUGAUAACAUAUGACGUUAUGACUAAACCUCUUCAAAACCUACAACGCCUUCCGCUCACCUAAAAAUGCAGAGUACCACCUGAAACAAACAAACGAACAUGCUUAGUUAACAGAAUCCAAUGCAUGCUCUGCUGUUUGUCAUACAAGCCAUUUUCAUGGCUAGGCACUGGUUUGUGAUACGACGUUUACUGUCAAAUUUGAGCUCCAUCUAUAGAAAUCACUUUUAUCGACUUCGUUCUAUUAUGGUGUUACUGGUGAAGCGCAUAAGGAGUUUGAGUCGUACCUUACUAGUCACAGUCAAUUUGCCACAACGUCCAAGAGAUUUGAUUAACAGUAUUGGGGUACCGCAGGGUUCAUGUCUAGGCCCUUUGCUCAUUAUUUUUUUUAUUUAUUUAGCUUUAUCAACUAGGGCAGGGUCACAACAACAGCAUGUGCCCAUUACUGUUGGUCCUUUUACCUAACACGCCCCGUCAACAUUCCCUGUGGGAGGAAACCGGAAUACCCGGAGCAAACCCCACGACUUUCGGCAGGGCGUUGACUUUACUCUUUUCACACGAAGACUGGGUUCGAGUAGCAUUGAGAUAGUUUUCACUGAGGCUGGAACCUGCGACCUGAGAUGUGAAAGGCAAGUGCGCAUUUUUGUGUGCAAGCAGACUAUUUGGUAUACUAGAUGGGUCACCUUCCAUGCAAUAUUCGCACGCAGACGAUGUGCGGACCGAGAAAUGGAUGCUUUCUGAUAAGUUCAAAUUGCAUGAUGGAUAGUGUGAGUUCAUGAUCAUAGGCACAACUCAACAGCUCGCAAAUGUCCAGCUAUGAGUAAAUUGUUUACACACGUUCGAAUUAUCAGUAAAACAAUUGGCGCAAUAACCUUAAUAUAAACCCAACUCUAACCCCUAACCCUAAUCUAAUCUUUCUUGGACGUAGCAAACUGCGCAUAUGGAAAUAUGAUCAGAGGAUUCAUUUUAACAAUGCAACGAUUAUACUGAUUAUCGACAAGGGAAAUUUUCAAGUUAGAAAAACGAUCUGUACACAAUGCGUUAUUCUUACUCGCAAACAUUCUAGCCGCAAAUUAAUGACUUUCCGUUAUUACUUCAUCAAUAGAUAUAAUGAUUCGCCUGCGUUUGUAAUUAUAUUUAUGUAUUUCCUUAUUCAUUGUAUAUGAAUUGUUGUUGGUAGUUAUAAUUUCUAAUCAUUGCAAUACGAGGUCUCAGUAGGGUUGUCGAAAGGUUGUGAUAAAUAAAUUAUUGUAUCUAAACGGUCAAAGAAAGCGAUAGUAACUGUAGUAUGUAGUUAUUCGAUGAUCUUUUUAGUUAAUCAUUCUAUUUUUAUGUUGAGAUCAACAGUGCGCGUCCAGAAAGUAGCUUACAAUGUAGGAUAUCACCAAUUAUAAAUACGAGAGGGAUUUAGAAAAUAUUUUAUCACCCCGUUUCGUAGUUGUCUUCCAUUUGACAUUGCAUUAAUUAACGUUUUACAGGCCUAGAUAUAUCCCUCAGGUUAGAAGGGCCAUCAAGUGAAAAGGGCACCGGUCGUGUUGAAAUAUACGCAAAUGGACGAUGGGGAACAAUCUGCGAUGAUCAAUGGGAUAUAAAUGAUGCUAAGGUUGUAUGUCGUCAACUUGGGUAUAAAGAUGCCGUUAAAGCGCUUCAGGGAGGCAAUGUUCCUAAUGGAACUGGACAGAUAUGGUUAAACAAUGUUGUUUGUAACGGGAAUGAACGAAGCUUGGCCACUUGUUCUCAUGCAGGAUGGGGCAAUCAUGAAUGUUCACACAACGAAGACGCUGGAGUUGAAUGUUCACCACCAGGUAAGUUGACUAAUUAUCAAGAAAAAACAGGUUAAAUUAAAAAGCUUGGAUUUUUCGAAGGCUAUUAAAUAUAUUAUGGAUGAUAGAGCACUGGUUAUAUGAGCUUUGAGGUCUAAUUGUUAGCAUUAAUUAUCAAUGCGUGUUAAUACCGCUAUAUUAAUCAAUAUAAAUAUCAUUAUCAUUAUAAUUUCUAUAUACUUUGUCCGGACGGCCGCAAGCAGAUUUUUUUGAAAGCAUGGGGGGGGGGGGGAAGUAACACCUGUAUGCUGAAAUAACUUACUCAAAUAAGCAGGUCCCGAUUCCACAAAACUAGACUAUUUCCCGGCCAGACUCUUUCCCCAAAGUUGCAAUAAACAAAUAUUUUAUUAUAUACCAAACGUAAAGAGAAACAAAAAAUGAAAUACACUGCAGAAUUAUUUUAGGAAACCACAUUGUUUACAUUUUGACAACAUCUUAUAUUAAGUUUUGAACUUAAUAUGUAAGUCUUGUUUCGUCCAGUUACAAUCAAAACUUCGCUUGUAUUUUUCCUCAAUAUAUAUGGACCGUUUUUAAAAUCUUUUCAAAGCACACAAGCUGUGUUAUUUAAAAAAAACCUUUCGUUUGUUUCCAAAAAGUAAACAAAAGGUCGCAGGUGUAACAUGUCGGAAGUUGAAAAUAAAUCGUUCAAAUGCCAGUGCAUGUUUUAAAAUUUUAUUUUAAUCUUUCUAAUUGUGCUUUGGUUUUUGAGUGAGAGAUACUAAAACAAUUGGAAAAAUCCUCGAUGACGUCGUUUAAUAUGUUAAUUGGUCAAUGGCAUAUUAGCGUACAAUAAUUACAGUGCAUGCAUCUACAUGCAGUAUGUAAGCGUGACUACUUAGACAACACUAAUCAAUCACAUUCAGCACAAAAAUAGGAUAAAAUUAACUAACGGCGCUUUAGCCAAUCAGCAUUACUCCAAAAACAAUUUUAACAAAUAAAAGAAUAUCAUACGGUAAAAAUACACAUGAAAAGUAAACACUGCAGUCACUGGCUCCGGAAGCCGACUCCAUGUUUUCUUUUGACUGGACGAGCCGUACUGUGAUUAGAUUUCUAUUUUUGUUCUGCAUUCUGAUUGGUUAAUGCUCUUUAAACGGUUCCACGUACUGUAGACGCACUGUAUCCAGAGGGGCUGAUAGCCGACAAGGAGCGUGAUACAACGCGAGUGAAUAGAAUAACGUUCCUUUGUUAAACUGAUAGGAAACCACCGAAUUCACAGACACGACUGUUAUAUCAUUGUCCGGUAAUACUUUAACAGCUAAUAUAGCAAUUCAUGCAGCUUGUCCUAAACCUGAUAAACCACUGCUGCUAUUUCGUUAAAUAAGACUUCAAACAUUACUGUUAUCAGUAGUUGUAAAUAGUUAAAUUAACCUAACACAAGAAUAUACUGUCAUGCUCUAUAAGGUUAUGGUUAUGGUUAAUUUUAGGAUUAGGCUUGGAGUUAGAGCUGGUUUGUUUUGGAAAAUUAUAUGCAGCAAUAUUUUGUUUUGUCAAAAAUUUUUUACAAAGUCUGGUCAAGAAACGUUUCAUUUCCGAGCUGUGAUGUUGCAAUAUAAUCGCAAAAUUAUAAUUUCAACUGGCGCUCUUUCUUCGUGUAUUUAUUCAUAUAGCUACAAGUGUCACUUUCUAUAGUAUUUCUCCAUUAUCUUUCUUUCUUAGUUCUUGGAAUACUCGGAUGCCCAAAAUUCUGGAAGGAAUAUGGCAUUUCAUGCUAUCUUCUUGUCAAGCGAAAAAUGAGCUGGCAAGACUCAAGAUCUAACUGCUUGGCAUAUGGAGGGGACAUGGUUUCUAUCCUUGAUUCCUCGGAAGUUAGAUUUAUUUACCAACAAACAAGUGUCGGUGUCGUUAAAAAUUCCAGAUUCUGGAUAGGAUUAAUCCGUACGAACAAGACUAGUGAUCUAAAGGAAGGCUGGAUCUGGAGUGAUGGUAAUAAUAUUACAUAUCCUCUGCAGUGGGGACCCGGCGAGCCAAAUAACGACCGGAAUAAUGAACAUUGUGCUGAAAUUUUGCCCGGGAAGUCAUGGUGGAAUGAUAAUGAUUGUGCAAGAGAAUAUGCUUCGAUUUGCAAAAGGAAAAAAG